AGAUUUCAUUCACUGAGUGGCCGCUCCGUGGAGAACAACAGGCUACCUCCCUCUGUCCUGUGAUGCUGCACAGCUAUGGGACAAAGGAAACAAAAAGCCCCUAUGAAUCCAGCUAUCUAACAAAGAGCCAUAAAAGCAACACGUACAAGGGGUCAUAAAUUAGGGGAGUACUGUAAAGACAGCACCUUUUUGUUAUUUGUAUGUUUCUUUUUUAUUAUUAGAAACAAUUUAUUAAAAACAGUUCACACAUUAGACAAUAUUGUGAAGUGUUAGGGAGGUGAUGUUCAGCUGUAUCCAGUCAUGAUGUCACCAGUGGCCAGUGGCUUGUAAGAAUAUUUUGGAGCUAAGGUGACAGAGAGGAGCUGCUGUGAAUGGCUAUGUGGAACAAAACAUGCACAUAACCAGAGGGGUUCAGUCCGACCCAGUCCCACUGGCAGGGCAGAGUCUUUUCUCCAGCAGCAGCUCCACUUUGCCCUCAUGUGGCACUAGUUACUGACCGACUCUUCAGCACAGAAAGGAGCCACAUCUCCAGCUGCGACAUGACUUCAUCAGAUAACGAUGAGACGGGGAGUGACCUGUCUGAGUCUCUGGAGAUCCGUGAGCUCCAGGACCAGUACAUGGACCCAGAGACCUGCUUCAAGUCCAAAAGCUUACCCAUCCUGAAUGGACCCUGUCAGCCGGAUCGCAAGUCUGCGGAGACUCGGCUGGUCAACACCACCCACACCUGUGUGGCGGUGGAGGAGGGCAACGAGCUCCAGGCAAAAACCCCAGACUCAAGCCAGGCAGAGACUCCCUCCUCCAGGACAGACUUCUCCCCCUCUGCCUCCAGCAUGGUGGGGCUCAGCAGCUCAUUACCUGUGGAGGGCCACAGGGCUGCAGGUUCGGGGGGUAAAAAACUUGGUUUCUCUCUCACCCGCCUUAUCCGCAUCCCAGCCAGGAAGUAUGUGCGGGUCAUCCUAAGAGACUCUCGCUGCUUCCUGUUUUGCAUGUGCUACCUGACCUUCAUUCAGUCCCUGAUGGUUUCGGGCUACCUGAGCAGUGUCAUCACCACCAUUGAGAAGCGUUACAGUCUGCGCAGCUCUGAGUCUGGCCUGCUGGUCAGCUGCUUCGACAUUGGCAGCCUGCUGGUGGUGGUCUUCAUCUCCUACUUCGGGGGCAGAGGUCAGAGGCCGCGCUGGCUGGCUGUAGGUGGUGUGGUCAUCGCUGUGGGGGCAGCAUUGUUUUCCCUGCCCCACUUCAUCUCACCACCGUACCAGAUUCAGGAGAUGAACUCAUCAACGGGGCGUGAAGGCCUCUGUUUGAGUGGCAACAGCAGUGGGCGUGAGCUCGAUGUGGCAUCGUGCCCUCGCGACCAGGAGGGCAAUGAGCACAACCUGUAUGUGACUCUGUUCAUCUGUGCCCAGAUACUUGUGGGCAUGGGGUCCACGCCAAUCUACACCCUGGGGCCCACCUACCUGGACGACAAUGUGAAGAAAGAAAAUGCAUCUCUCUACCUGGCCAUCAUGUAUGUGAUGGGAGCCCUGGGACCUGCAGCUGGCUACCUGCUAGGAGGCGUCCUCAUCGGCUUCUACGUCGACCCCAAAACUGUAGUAAACAUCGACCAGAGUGACCCCCGCUUUGUUGGCAACUGGUGGAGCGGCUUUCUCUUGUGUGCCAUAGCCAUGCUUCUGGUCAUCUUUCCAAUGUUUGCCUUCCCCAAAAAGCUGCCCCCACGCCACAAAAAGAGGAAGAAGAAAAAGAUUGGCUCGCCCGGCGACGUGUCCAGCGACGACGAUGUGAUGAAGGAGAAAUCCGGCAGCAAGGGCCAGAAUGUCUCCUCCUCCAUGGGCUUUGGAAAGGACAUCAAAGACCUGCCCAAGGCAGCCCUCAGGAUCCUCAGCAACAUGACCUUCCUGUUCGUCAGCCUGUCCUACACAGCAGAGUGCGCCAUUGUCACCGCCUUCAUCACCUUCAUCCCCAAGUUUAUUGAGUCACAGUUUGGUAUCCCCGCCUCCAACGCCAGCAUAUAUACUGGUGUGAUCAUCGUACCCAGUGCCGGGGUGGGCAUCGUGCUGGGGGGCUACAUCAUCAAGAAGCUGAAGCUUGGGGCCAGAGAGUCGGCCAAGCUGGCCAUGAUAUGCAGCGGCGUGUCUCUGCUCUGCUUCUCCACACUCUUCAUAGUGGGCUGUGAGAGCAUCAAUUUAGGAGGCAUCAACAUACCUUACACAACUGGUCCGACCCUGACGAUGACCCACAGGAACCUGACGGGCAGUUGCAACGUCAACUGUGGAUGCAGGAUCCAUGAGUACGCUCCGGUCUGCGGCUCUGACGGCAUUACCUACUUCAACCCCUGUCUGGCUGGAUGCAGCACAGUGGGCAACGACAGCACUGGGAUUAGAAACUACACAGACUGUGGCUGUGUGCAGAGCAGACAGGUCAUCACUCCGUCCUCCGGCGGCCAGGUCAACCAGCUCCAGCUGGUCAUUGUUAAAACCUACCUGAACGAGAACGGCUACGCUGUGUCGGGGAAGUGCGACCGCACCUGCAACACUCUCAUCCCUUUCCUCAUCUUCCUCUUUAUCGUUACUCUUAUCACCGCCUGUGCCCAGCCCUCUGCCAUCAUCGUCACACUCAGGUCUGUUGAUGAACAGGAGAGGCCUUUUGCUCUUGGGAUGCAGUUUGUCUUGCUCCGAACUCUUGCCUACAUCCCCACGCCCAUCUACUUUGGUGCUGUGAUCGACACCACCUGCAUGCUGUGGCAGCAGGACUGCGGCGUGCACGGCUCCUGCUGGGAAUACGAUGUCACCUCAUUCCGCUUCGUCUACUUCGGCCUGGCCGCCAGCCUCAAGUUCGUCGGCUUCAUCUUCAUCUUCCUCACCUGGUACUCCAUCAAGCACAAGGAGGAUCGAGCCGAGCGCUGGCGCCAGCACCUGCCUCCGCUGGGCACCGUCAGCGAGCUCAUCUGCCACGCUGGAGGCCACAAAAGCCACGCGCGCACCCGCUCUUGCCCCGUGUUCAUCCCGCCCCGGCCGGACCCGCCCGCCGCCUUGCUGCUCAACCGUGGCCACAGCAGCCUCAGCUGCCCCGGCAACGCCCUCAAAGCAAUAACCCCGCCCAUCCUCUUGCCGCAUCACCACAGAGGCUCCGCACACGUUUGAGAGCGCUCCAAGCCUCCCUCUGGGGUCCAUUGUGACUUGUGCCUUCCUGUUUGUGUUUCUGCGCCACACAGUGUCUGCUUCACACCAAUCAGACGCCAGGCGGGGCUCCACAGCUGCUGUAGGACUGACAGGCAGAGACACAGGUGCGGCCACCAUAUUUAAAGGGCUGCUCGUUGUUGUUUAUAAUAACAGGAGACUGACAGAUUUGAUUCUGAGCAUAUCAUCAGCUGCAGCCACACACAGCAUCCACACUGAUGCUCAGACCUCCACGCGACGGUUGGGACGAUGUAAAGACAUCACAUGGUGCUACUGUUAAAGGGCAGGGCAUUAAAAUCUCUGAACAGACAGAUGAGUCAUCAUCAACACGGCCUCUAAAGCACAACUGAUAAACCUGUACUAUGCAAGAUCCAGUGUACAGCUCCUCCCUCCUCAGUACUGUACAGCUCCCUCUGUAUUACACAUCUGUACCUCCUUUUCUCCCCCCUUCAUUUUUACAUGUCGUCAGCUCAGCCAUAACCCCAUCGUCCCUCACAGUCUGAGCUGUGAACAUAUCAGCAACCUCUCCUGUAUUCGAGCCAUUCCACCCGCUCUCCUGUCUGGUGUUGUUCGGACCUUCACAAUUAAAAAAAACUGGGAUUUCUAAAAAUCCCCUCACCUCUUUUUUUUUUUUUAUUCCUUUUUCGUAACAGUGCCUCUCAGGCUGCCUCGGCCAGUCCAGUAUACAAAGCUAGCUACCAGGGUACACGCUAGCUACCGAAAAGCCAGUCACUGUCCUCUCAGUUGAGCGACAGUAUCCUGCUUCGUUGCCCUCAGCUUCUGUGUUCGGUGGACGAAGCUCCUCGCCUUGGCAAGGUAACAUGUAGCUUAAAGCCGACAAGCACCAAUGGUACAGCGACUUCUAUGAAACCUAUGUGUCAUCACACUACUUUGUUAUUACAACGUGUAAUAAUCAGCCUCACGGCGAACAGGAGAACGGAACAAGAAAGGUUAUCUCAUCUCUGACCAUGUGCUGAAGCUACUGUAUGUCCAAAAGAUGUGAUUGUACUUGUAACUGGAAACGUGACGACGGAAAUUUUUUUGCAGCAAAAUUUGACCCAUUUUUAAAACACGACUUUCUCAAAGUGAAACAAAUUUGUAUUUAACGAAAGGAUGCAUCAUUUUGGCUUUACAUUGUAAUGGCUUCUCCAUUCUAAUGGUCAUCAGAUGUACAUAGUAGUUAUCUCGUAGUCUAGGCUUUUAAGAAAGUAGUGCAGCAAGCAUGUGAAACUAUGAACCCCCCUUUUAAUCAGCGAGAGUAAUCUGAUGUUGAUCAUUCAGUUCCUGGGUGUUUGGCGCCCUCUAGUGGACAGAGAGAAGAUUGUGUGAAGGCCAGUGAAUGUUGCUGUUUGUCAGACCUACUGUAUAAAGCUCUUGGUUCAAAGGUUAAUUAUUUAACUUGAUCACUGCACUGAAUUCAGCACUCCAGUUUCCCAAAGAUAAACCUAGUUUGGUGGUGAAGUCUACAAUAUUCAGAAUAACAGAUGCCAUUUUUUUUAUUGAUUGUAAUUUUAUUUUACUUUCAUGUUAUUAAGUAUCUUAUGGAUUUACCUUCCUUUGAAUAGGGGAGGUGAUGUUUGAGAAAUGGAAGAGAAGAGGUGGUUUCCAUGUUUAAAAAAAACAACUUUUGUUCGAUAUCAUGUUCUGAAAACCACAUUUUCCUGAGGGGGAAUAUGAGAUAAGUCUAAUAAAGUUAUUGUAUUUUAUAUUCUGAUCAGUACACCUUCUUUUUAGUUACGUUUGCAAAGGAAUGGAGAAUCUGAUGCAGUGAACACAUCUUAAAAGUUAACGUUUUCUGGCCAAGAUUGUUGGUAUAUUCUGCCAGGUGAAGAUUAUCAUUAUUAAUAAUAAUAAUGGCAGUGACUAAUUUUAGCAUUAUUGUGACUUAGUACCUCAAAUGACAUAUUCAUAAGUGAUCAUCGUGUAAAUAUUGACAAAGCAAAUGAAGCGUAUUAUAGAGCUCACAAAUAGUUAGAAGCAUAUUUAUGAACUAACCCACAACGUCGUAGUUAAGAGACGAGGAUAAGACUUAAAGCUACAAACAAAACAAACCAGUGAACUUGUCUCGCCGUGCCUGAGCAGUAUUACUCACAGGGGAAGGGUUGAGUUCAUCGUGUAUGUGGGGGGAGGGAGUUGGGUUAUAUUCUCCUGUCAAGAGGAGAACACAAUGGAGUUAAUUUAAAUGCUUAUGUUAUGCUACCCAGAAUGCCCUUCUCUCCAUCUGUAAUGAUUCUCUACCCUUCUUCUAGCGCUCCGUAUUCAUCACAGCCUCAAAAGAGGAAUACCAAUGUAGGAUUAUUGAUCAGGUCCCCCUGCCUGUGUGACUGGGAAGUUAAAUGCAGUCCCUGCUGAGUCAUUUUACAAUUAAAGGAAUACUUCACCCCCUAAAUGAAAAUUUGUAUAUUUGAUACUCACCAGGUGUUGCACUGGAUUCAUGAGGAAAAGUUUGUUUUUCUCACAUGCUUUCAUGAUGAAUCCAAAAACAGAAAGUUUGUGAUGUAUUGAAGUCAUUGGGGUCCACGUUUAACAGCAGAACUAUGUCAAAAAACCUGUGUCAGCGUGGGUUUUCUCCAGGUACUCCAGCUUCCUCCCACAGUCCAAAGACAUGCAGGUUAACUGGUGACUCUAAAUUGUCCGUAGGUGUGAAUGUGAGUGUGAAUGGUUGUCUGUCUCUAUGUGUCAGCCCUGUGAUAGUCUGGCAGCCUGUCCAGGGUGUACCCUGCCUCUCGCCCAAUGUCAGCUGGGAUAGGCGACCCCCCCAAAAAAACUUUACAAACUCUCACAUCACUUAUACAGUGUAAUCCAAGUUUCAUUUACCCAGUUGGAUGCUCAGUACUUGAAAAACAGCCCUUUCUGACAAGGAACUUAACUAAAAGUGAAAAUUUCAAGGAGAUAAAAUUAGUGUUUUUGUCAAUAAAGUCUGGCUUCAUUGACACAGUUUCACUCUGUUAAGUUACCCAUCGUAAAGGGCUCUGAUUGAGAAGAACUGAGCAUGUGACUGGAUAAAUGAGACUUUGAUUGUACUGUACGAGUUUUUUAAGAGUUUGUCAACAGAUGUCUUGAUAUAGUUUUGCUGUUGUUAAACACAGACUCCUAUGACUUCAACUAAUCAAGAAUUUUCUUACUUUUUUGGAUUCUUUGUUCACUGAAAGUAUGUUUGAGUAAAGUCAUGUUUCAAUGGAUUAAAAUUCUCCACUUAUACUAACUGAACUUGAUCACAUUGCUAAGAGUUAUAUCAACGACAGGGUAGAGAAUCAUCCAGUAAUGCCACACAGAUCAUUAGACACAGUAGACGCAGGGAUGUCUGCCUCUACUGUGCACCUACUACUUGGUAUUCAGUGUCCUGCUGCUCAAACGCCUGGACUACUACUGACACAGACGACUUCAGGUUGACUGUAGAUUUGCUUUUAACACGUUUUCCCUUUCAUCAGUAUUUGAACCGAAAGUGAAUUUCCUGGACAGAACAGAAGCUGUAUUCUGAAAGUCGAGCUCUUAUCACUUUUGUUCCUCAGGAGCAGAAGUCUAAUUGAUGUUUGUGAACACUUGGUUUACAAAUGCCUUGAAUACUUGAUAUUUGUCAUUAAAAA